GUCUCGAAGCUCUCUCUCAGGGAUGGUUCCCUUACAGGCAAGAUCAAUCCCUCCUUGCUUAAUCUCACACAUCUAGCCAACUUAGACUUGAGCUUAAACAAUUUUGAGGGAAUUCAAAUUCCAAGUUUUGUGGGUUCUCUUGUGAGUUUAAGAUAUCUUAACCUCACAUAUGGAGAAUUCAAGGGAAUGAUUCCCCAACAACUUGGAAAUCUCUCAAGUUUACUCUAUCUUGGGCUUGGACAUAAUUUAGACUUAUAUGUUGACAAUCUUCAUUGGGUCUCUAGUCUUUCUUCAUUGGAAUCACUAGACUUAUCUUAUGUUAAUCUUAGUAAGGCAUAUGAUCAUUGGCUUUUAGCAUUAAAUAUGAUCCCUUCCUUGCAAGAAUUACGCUUGUCCUAUUGUUAUCUUAGUCAUAUUCAUUUUCCAUCUCACAUAAAUCUUACAUCCCUUGAGACACUUGACCUGAGUUACAACUCUCUUAAGCUUGGAGGUUCAAUUCUUUGCACCUUUCGAAAUAACAUGAGCCUUUUAAUAUAUCUUGAUUUGUCUAGCAAUAACAUAAACUCUGUCAUUCCCAAUUGCUUUUAUAGUUUUUCCAAUCUUGAACACCUCCACCUUUCUAAUACUAAUCUGCAUGGAAUUAUCUCAAGUGAUGUAGCAAAUUUGACCUCUAUAGUCAAUUUAAACUUGAGGGGUAAUGCUCUAGCAGGAAAAAUCCCUUCAUUUAUGGGAAAACUAUGCAAUUUGGAAGAAUUUGAUUUAGCAGGCAAUAAUUACAAAGGCAGCGUCUCAAUGGUUUUCGAAAGCUUGUCAGGUUGUCUUUCUAAAAGUUUGAAGUCAUUGAAUUUGGGAGGAAAUUCGUUUGAUUCAUUCACUGGCCAAAUCUUGGAAACUUACAUGAGACAUUUUAAAAAAUUACAUGUUCUUUCACUUAGAAAUAAUAUAUUUUCUGGUCCCAUUCCAUUGUCAAUAUUUGGAAACUUAAUAUCCUUGAAGACAUUAGAUCUUUCUUCAAAUAAUUUCAGUGGACCUCUUCCAGAAUUCCAUGCUUCUCUCUCAAAGUUAGAAUCCCUUUCUAUUGACUGAAACAAAUUAAGUGGGUCAAUUCCAAAAAGUCUUCAGUCUCUCUCAAAAUUAAAACACCUCUCCAUUUCAAAUAACCAAUUAAGUGGGUCACUUCCAACAAGUCUUGGGUCUCUUGCAAAUUUAGAAAUUCUUUGGAUCGACUCAAAUAAUUUCAAAGGUGAUGUGUCUCAAGUUCAUUUUGCCAAUCUCACAAAGCUCAAGUUCAUACUUGCUUCUGGAAAUAAACUAAGCAUGAAAGUAGGUUCAAAUUGGGUUCCUCCCUUUUCUCUCCUGGUCUUGGAAUUGAGAAAUUGGAACUUGGGUCCUCAUUUUCCUAUAUGGCUAAAAUCACAAAAAAAUAUUUCUCAAAUCGACAUCUCCAACACUGGAAUUUCAGGUGUCAUUCCUCAAUGGUUUUGGAAUAAUUUUGUUUCUAAUCAUUUUAUUAGAGUUGACAUUUCUGAAAACCAAAUCUAUGGGGAAAUUCCUAAUUUUCCAAAUGAUGUUUCAUGUUUACUAAACAUG